AUGCAGCACUACAACAACAACUACUACUACUAUUACAACUACAACUUGAGCUAUGAGCCGCCAGAAGAUCGAUCGCUGGGCGGCGGGGGAAAGCGGAGCGUUCGCCGACUGCAGCAACUGGUGCGAAGGACGCGGCACGAGCUGCAGCAGUGGCCGCUGCUGAUGCAGCUGCUCCUGUUCGUGCUUUGGCUAAAUGCCAAGUUCUGGCAGCUGGUCAACGAACAGGUGACCUAUCGCCGCAGGAGGUGGCACUGAGGGGCGAAGGACAGCCGGUCCGCGUGUUGCUUGGUAUGAGUUCGAUCUAGGCUUAAGUUGUGAAAAUUAUGCCCACACUCUUACAAUCUCAUCUCAAUAAAAAUAAUCAAAAUUCGCUGCGUAGUGGAAGCAGCGAACUUCAGCCAAA